CUGAUCACUAUCAAGUCAGAGACUAUCGCUUCCCUUCCGUUCCCCUCCCUAUACGGUAAUAUAUAAACAGAGCCGCAAAUUCCCCUACCUCUCAAACUCUACAAAACAGCAAUCAAAUACUCUGCAAAGCAAACCAAAAACAUUAAUACAAUACUACUACCGAGUUCAAAGACAGAACCGAGAAAGAAAACUCAAGGAAAAGAAUAUGGUGAAACACAUAGGCGAGAAACCUGCAGCUGAGAUAAGCGAUUUGCGAUUCAAGGGUGUUCGAAAGCGAAAAUGGGGGAAGUGGGUGUCCGAAAUCAGACUACCCAACAGUAGGGAAAGGAUUUGGUUGGGAUCUUAUGAAACGGCCGAGAAAGCAGCGCGUGCAUUCGACGCUGCUCUUUUUUGCUUACGCGGCCGCUCUGCUAAGUUCAACUUCCCUGAUAACCCACCAGAUAUAGCCGGUGGUAGGUCUUUAACACCACCCGAAAUCCAAGCCGCUGCAGCCCGGUUUGCUAACUCGGAGCUUCCCAGGACCCAUUCGGAGCAGUCCACCUCUGGGGACUCACUCUCGAUUUCAGACGGGACAGUUCAGUUGGACAGUGAGUUGCCUAUGGACGGGUCGUUUCUCGAUCUUUUGACAAUGGGUUCAGGUAAUUACGCUUCGGAUUAUGGGAUAUUACCUGGAUUUGAUGAUUUUUCAAGUGAUUUUCUGGGAUCAUCAGUGCCCAACUUCGGCGGUGAAGACGAUCAUUUUGAUGGGAUUUUAGGUCCAGCGUCUUUUCUUUGGAAUUUCUAAAAGGGGUCAGCCUAAGUUGGGAAUUUUAGUAUCUAGAUUGGAUCCGGAUAUAUGGAAGGGCCGGGGCCAAUUUUUGUACAGCCCAUUUUUUUUCUCAUUAAAAAAAAAUUAUUAAUAUUAUGAAUAACUUUU